AUGGUCGCUGCAAUACAGGGUAGUAUCCUGAGCCCACAUAACAGGUAUAAGGGUGCAGCAACCUUGCGGUCCUUGCUGACCCUUCAUACCAGUGGACCUGACUCCCACAACAUAUGGCAACCUAGCGCCAACGUCGCUUUGGCCAACCGUGCCUCUGUGUCUUUGUCCAAUCACUUUACCGACUACGACCUCGCUGCGUUGCUGCUUGCACUCCAAAAAUAUGCUCCCGACUACGAGCUCCUCUCGCGUCAAUGCUAUUGGUACGUGACCAUGAUCUACGAUUUCUUCCACAAGCGCCUCAUCGGCCUUGGCAACGAGGACGGCAAGGAGGUUGAGUACGAUGUCGGCAACUUCAAGGACAAGCCCCCUGAGCCGCCGCUGGGCAAGAUCAAGGAUGAGUUCAAGAAGCAACUUGUCGCGCUGCUGGACGAGAAGGCCCGGGAGGAUCACUCCGCCGCCAAGUGGGUGAGGUCACAGGAGGAGAUGCGAGCGACCAUUGCAUGGGCGGAGGAGGAGGCAGCAGGGAGGGAGAGGGCGGAGGCCAUCGCAAAGGAAGAGGCAGCGGGGAGGGAGAGGGCAGAAGCCGCUGCAAAGGAAGAGGCAGCAGCGAGGGUGGAGGAGGCAGCAGCGAGGGUGGAGGCGGAAGCGGCUGCAAAGGAAGAGGCAGCAGCGAGGGUGGAGGCCGAAGUCGCCGCAAAGCAAGAGGCAGCAGCGAGGGAGAGGGCGGAAGCGGCUGCAAAGGAAGAGGCAGCAGCGAGGGUGGAGGCCGAAGCAGCGGCAAAGGCAGCCGACGCAAGGGCAGAGGCGGCAGAGGCGGCAAAGGCUCUGCUGGACGAUGAGGUUGCCCUCCUCCGGCAGCAGCUCGCGGCCCUGCACCGCACAUUGGCGGGCCGGGGUGGGACUGAAGGAGAUUGCAAGCACAGCCUACGACGUGUGUGCGGCAAGAAUUGUCAGAACGGUGGGUAUUGCGUGUGUGAGCGUGAACGUUGGAUGGAUGAGAUCAAGGGUAAGCACAGGCUGAGCUUGGUGGCGUUGGCGUGGGUGCUAGCAUCUGUGUUUCUCAUGUGCAUGGUGGCUCGGAUUAGCCUCAGAGUCUGUGGUGCGCGCGCAAGUGCCAAUGUCGUUGGGGCAGCAGCAGCAGCAGCAACAUCAGUGAGGCCAGUGUUCAUCUGGGCUCUCCGUGUCACAGUGAUAACCCCCCGCACAGCAGUACUGACCCCCGCACUACACCGCAUUCUUUCCAUUCCCCUUGCUCCCUGCACUCGCCAACCUUAUCAAGCUGCAACCCUUCCUGGUGACCUUGUCUCUUCCCGCACUGAUCUUCUCAGCCUUGACAUGCAUGCUCACCCCGCUUGUCCGCAGGAUGUGCCUCUACGUUGCCGGCACCGAUGCACUCGCCAGCGGCUGCGUUUGUGCGCGUGGCGUGCUACCAGAUGUGCUCAUGUUCGACAGCGCGGUGCCGCAGCCCGACGCACCCCCCAAAAUGUACUCCUCGAAUUCGAGGCCAUGCGCGGACGCACCGCUCCCGCCACUGCAAUAGAUUCUUGCGUCAAGGUGCUGGUCGUCCCAUCCCUGAUGCGCGCCGUGGCUGCUUGCAUAUGCGGGGGAACAUCUAGCCGGGAUUCGCACCUCUCGCCUCUUCAAGUAUAUUUUGUAGAUCUUUCAAGCCUUAGAAUUGUCGUGUAG